GUCGAGUCGUUUUUCAUUGACUCACAUACGGCCAGAAUGUACCGAUACGACGGUUUUGUAGCCGCUAAACGUCGUGCAAAGUCGUGACUAAUAUCAGCUGAUCUGCAUCGGACAUAACCAGCGCGUUAUUAAUUUCUAGAUGACGAAGGGUUGCGCUCGCAGAGGACCAGCGAUUUCAGGUGCUAAGGACACAGUGUGGGGAUUUGCACCAAUUGUUAGGUUAUAUUUUUGUUGACAAGCCUGGCAGUGACAUCAUGUGCUCACCUCGGACUUUAUACCUGUCAGUUAUUUAAUAAUAAAUGGAUCUACGAGUCGUGGGGAAGCGUAGGACUGUUUUUGACUGAAAAAACUUCGUCGAUGGCUGAGCAGUGAUAAAAACUGUGAAAAUGGCACUGUAUGAUAAUCCUCACUGGCUCCUCUCCCACAUUAGAGAUAGUUUUAUCUCUACCGAUGACACAGGAAUGUGUGAGAUGGUCAUGGUGAGAGAUGACAUACCAAAAGAUAUGCAAAGUAGCGGCACCCUGUAUGCAUAUCCAGGAGCUGAAGAUAGUGAUGAAGAAGAUCUUGACGCUAUGGCAGAUUCUUAUGAUAUUCAAAUGGAUAUGGAAUUUAGCCAUAGACAGAGAACAAACACAGCUCAGCGCUUGGAGAAAUUAGAUCUUGAGAGAAAGAAGGCUUCAAAGGUUAAACACAUUAAAUGGGAAAACAAUCCUACUUCGAUUACUUUAGAGCAGCAAAAAGAAUUAUUUAAGGGUAAAGAUUUUAGGAAUAAUAGACAAAAUAUUCAAAGAAAAUCUCUAUUUGCUGAGCAACUAGAAAAGUGUCCUGAGCUUCCACAGAACCCAUUUGUUGAAUAUGCCAGAUUUGAUGGCAAUUCACAAAUUGGUGCUCCUGUAAGAAAGUACAGAAUAUUUAUGUGUAUGCUUCCUAAAGACCAAAGAUCUUACCCACUGCAUGUUGUUGUCCUUGCCAAUGCCAAAGUUCAACAGGUUAUUGGACUGAUUUGUUAUAAGUACAUAAGUGAACAUCCUGAUCAUCAUAUUCAUGAAGAUAUUAGUAAGUAUGGAUUAUAUAUCACAGAAGAUGACGGAGAAGUUGACUGGGAUUUUCCUUGUUUGGAUCCUACAGAAGUUAUUGCUAAGUUUGAAUUUUCUACAUUGGGACUUGUAGAAAUGAAACCAAGUGAUAAAGCCAGACACAGUACAGUAAAAACAAUCACGGAACAAAAGAAAGAGAAUGAAAAGUUAGAAAAAAUACAGGAGGAAGUCGCGAAAGAUCUUGCUAAAAUGCAGGGUCACACUACUGCUAUGGAAGCUCCAUUGUAUCAACUAUAUAGGGUAUACAUCAUAAACAAAGUUAGAGCAAAGACUGAAAUACAUCUUGGAAUUUCUGGAGAAAAAAUAGAAAUUGAUCCUGUUAUCACUGGUAAGAGAGCAAGUCGAUUUUGGCAUAGGCAAAGAGCCGUUAGCUAUCACAUGGACAAUGUUGCAUGGUGCGAGUUAACAGAAAACAAGGGAUCAAAGACAACCUUUACACUGGUGUAUACACCUCACACUUCCAUAACCUUGGACGGUUUAAAUGUUUCUAUUAGUCAUACGCAGUCUCUCAGAAGGUCAGCAUCAUUUAAAAACCAUGACUUUGAGGCAGAAUCUACUACAGCUGAAGAGAUUGUUAGGAAAAUAAAUCAUAUACUUGAGUUAAGAAGCAGUUCUUCCAGAAAGGAGUAUAUAGCCCAGAAGGAGCGCAAAGCUUCUAGAAGAAAGAGCUUCCACAUUCACAGAUGACCACUCUAUCAAUUUUUGCGUACUGUUAUUGUUGAAUUUUUGAAAAAACUUUAAUUCCAGGUGGUAAUGACCUUUGAAGAAAAGAUAUUAAAAAUAUAACUUAAUUAUGUUUAUUUAAUUCUAA